AUCUAUCGACAGUGAUAAUGGGAGGAGUCAGUUGCGUCCUUAUCUCUAUCUUUAUCUGCCCUGUCUGGGCUGGACAAGACCUUCACUCUCUUCUUGCCUCCAAUUUUGACACACUCUCCCACUUCCUUCAAGAAUUUGGGGAGGAAUAUUUUGAAGCGACAGAUGAUGGGUACGUCAAGGAGGUGGAGAAGAAGAGAAAGAAUCUUCAAAGAUAUAAAAGUGUUCUCAACUCAAAAAGCAAUGAAGAAGCUUUGGCUAAUUUUGCAAAAUGGGAACCGCGUCACGGCCAGUUUAGAUUUAGGCAUCCUUGGAAACAAUACCUUGCCGAGGCUGCAUUACUCCGGCAGUGUGCCUACUGGAUUGAUGCCUUGAAUUCAUACAUUACCUCAGAUUUUCAGAUCCCAAUGGACAUCAAAAAGAAAUUAGAAGAACCGUUAGCAAAAAUGAGCUCGGAGUCAAGAAAAUCAAUGAAAGAAGUGUCAAUUUCAUCAAAAAAAAUGAGAAAAUCAUCAUCUUAUGAUAUUCAUGUCUUAAACUCACAAUCUGCAUGCAAAGAUCUUACUACUUUACUCAAAACAGGCAUCUUGAACGAUGUUGAGCCUCUACAAAUGAUCGCAUUAAUGACCACAGUCUCUCUGCUCAUUGAUAUUGUAAACUUAACCGAAAAAAACGCAGAAUCCGUACAUGAACUCGCAUCCGCUGCAAGAUUUGAGAACAAGAAGAAGUCGACCGUGUCAGAUUUUGUAAGCACUGGUCGCUCUGUGCCAAUCAAAUCUCAAGAUGAUCAUGUUGUCACAAUCUUAUGUGAUGAUGAUAUAUCAAACACUGUUGACCAAUCGCGUGUAGAGAGUUCCGUGGACUCUUGUCACCAUGUCGCCAUAAAGAUUGAUGAUGAGGAUGAUUCAGUCCAUGAAAAACAUGAAGAUGGUGAAAUACGUGUACAUACGAGUUGUGUAUCAUACAGGGCGGCUCAACAUUCCUAGGAGCCUUAGGACAAAAAAAAAAUUUUACCUUUUAAAAUUUAUAUACAGAUAAUGUUUAAAAUAUAUUUAAAUUUAAUAUGUAAUAUUUUGUAUAUAUUUGUAAUGAAAAUAAAAUUAUAUAUAUCAAAUAACUUAUGGUCCUUUUCAAUUUUAUUUAUUAUAUUUAUAAUAUUUUUAUAUAUAAAAAUCUAUAUUUAUAAAAAAAUUGGAUCCUUUAAUUAUUAUUAUACGAGGGGACAUGGGCUUGAGCCCGGAACGAUCGCACCGCUAGUCGCCCCCACUGAGCCGGCCCUGGUAUCAUAUGGUCAGACUAAUGCUAGUGAUAUUUUAGAUAGUGGUAAUGAAAGAAUUAGUAAUAACUAACUAUUUAUUAUAGGAUUUAGGUGAAUAUUAUUAAAUAAAGUUCUUUUGAACAAGCAUAUAUUAUAAUAUGUGGCCCUAUUAUGGCAGAUACGAAUAUCCGUACAGAAAAAGGUAAGAAUCCUUCUUGCAGUAGAUUAUGAAUAUUUGGUAUAAUAUGAAAAUAUGAAAAUUAUAAUAUAUGCUUUUCUGUCUAUGAAAGUUCAAUUAAUUAAAUAGAUAUUGUGUACGAGCAACUGAUUGAUAAGUGUUAAUGCGAUGUGUCAUUAUUAAACCCUAAGAAAAUGUUAAAGGAGGGCCAUGUCCUCGUAAACUCAGGGUCUCGUGCUCGUUUGUCUAUUGCCUUUUUACUGUUUUCCAACUGCUUUUUCAAACCUCUUGCACAAAAUGGCGGGCAAAUUAAAGUGGAGAGUAAGUUAAUAAGUUUUAGGUAUUUGUCUUCAUUAUUAAACUUCACUUAUUUUUUAACCUUUAUAUGAAAACCAUUGGAUCCAGCAGAUUCCAAAGAUACAUUUCUCUUCACACUUUUUAUUAUUUCAUUGAACUUGUAAAAAUAGUUUCAACAAUGCUACACCCGAUCGAAAUUCAACUAGAACCAAAAAUUAAAAUAAAUAAAUCUACUGCAGUCGUUGGAUUCAAUGGUGUGUUUGUCACAUUAUAAAAUAUGUUUGGGUUAACAUUAUUAAAGCUAACACAUGAUAGAAAAUUCCGCUUAUCAUGACUGCUCCACUUAUCAAAAAGCUUUUGAGAGGCCUACAGAAUUUCUGCAAUUAAUCUUAUAUCAGCUGUGCACACAAAAAAAAAAGAAAAUCGUAUAUCUGUUGAAUUCUAAUUCCAUAGUUGAUUAAGCAAAAUCUAUUUUUAUUAUAAAAAUGUUAAGGACGUUCCAGAUUAAACGAAAUACUAAAGAACCAACAAAACAAAACCAAAAUCUUAGUGAUAACGACUUUAAUGCGUAUCGAGUCAAUUGAUUUAUUUUUUGUUACUUGAUAAUAAAGUCUCCAAUGAUGUGAUCUUACCCGUACGUUUCAAGUUAGAAAAGGUACACUUUUUAACAUUUGUGCCCAACAUACACGCGUUUUUAAGUUUCUUUUUGACCUUUUUAAACGUUUUCACAAGAUGGAUUAACAUAUUAUACGAUGUUCUGAAAAUUGUUAGGGGGUGGUUUGUAGUUAAGCAUUUUGUAUAAAAAUAUUGUUAACACGGACAUUUAGGUUAGUUUUUUCUUUUUUUCAAAAAUCGGUUUAAAAAAAUUGUUUCGCUUAUACUCAUUUGCCGAGUAGGCGAGCUAAGAACACCCAUAUUAUAUGUUUAUUAUUUACUAUUAGGGACACAAGUAGGUCAUCAGUUACGUA